GAUCAAAGCUCCAGUCAUCGAGGUGGGAGAUUAUGGAUCAGCUAGCUAUAGAAUAGAAAGAACAAGGGAACUCAUCGACCCAUCCAACAGUUGGAGAUAUAACUACGACUCCAAUAUCCGAUAUGACAGAAAGAGAAAGAGUCGUGAAUGUAGGUGGGACGGUACGGAUUCAUACAAGACCUUGCCCACACGCUCUGGCGAGAUAGGAUCGAUUACAUCUAGAAAUAGAACCUUGGAAAUGCUAUCUAUUGACUCGACUCACUCAAAGCCAGGUGCCCUAGAAGGGGAAAACCUUAAAUUCUCGGAUCAAGAAGAAGUCGUCUUACGUUCUAUCAAUAAACAACCAAAACGACCAGGAGGAUAG